UCUUUGCUUACACAAGUGUAGCUGGAUGGAUACCCGUUUCAGCAAACGUGGCGGGAAGGCUGAGGAAAAUAAUGAAGCUAACCCUAAGCUGCUACAAGCUGUGGAGGAGGACCUGGCACAAGAAUUUGAAGAGGUCCCUAUUCAGCCAAAGAAAAGAAAGCCAAUCAAAUAUUCCCCAAGGAAAACAAUGGCUCCAACAGGGGCAUUGGAGUUGGCCAAACUGAAGGAACAAACCAAGAUGGAUCGACAGAAGAUUGAACACCUUGAGGAGCGCAUUAAUUACCUGGAGGAGGCCAACAAGGACCUGAAAGCCGACAAGGACUUCCUACUCGCCCAAAUUAAGGAAGCCCCCAGCACACUCGCAUCUUCUGGGAAAGGCAGAAAGACUGCUCCAGAACCUUCUUCAUCUUCGACUUCAACAUCGACAUCUCCCUCCUCAGACUCAAGCUUCUUAUCAUCCUCAGAAGAAGAGGAGAAGAAAAAGUCCAAGAAGAAGAAGUCCAAGAAAAAGACCAAGAAGUCAAAAAAACACCCUGAAUCAUACAGUCGUUCAAGAAUAACCACAACAGAUGGAGUGAUCCGUCGCUAUAAGGAUGUCCUUCGGAUCUUCAAAAAGUGUGGAUCCAUGAAGAAAGCCUUCGCGAAAAUGAAUGUUGAUCGAAACACGAUUGCACGCACAGCUAUAAUUGCUGAGCUCGCAAUUACUUUUCGGGACGCAUUCCAAGGUCUGCUGACAGGUGACGAAGAUCAAAUGAAGAUUUGUGUGCUUGCAGAGCGUUGCCGCGGGGCCAUAAACGAGGAGAUGGCCGAAACCAUCACAGCAUGCAAAAAAAAUGGAAAGCUCCUCCCAAUAACGUAUAAGUAUACUUAAUAAUUUUCAUUUUGUUCACAAAUGUUUAAAUUUUGUUAAACAGUUUAAACCUGCUAUUGAACUUUAAAAAAAGUUAAUGUGUUUAUACAUACACAAUAUAUGUAGAAAUUGAAAUUGUGUUUUGUGUUAUGUU